AUGUAUCAGUUCCCCAAUUUGCUUGAAUCAAAGGCAAAGAAACCCUUGACGUUCACCGUCUAUCAUGGUAAUUUCGUCCAUACACCCGUAUUGGGUGAACUCCAGGUCCUUCUGGGUGCAAGAAUAGCUGUUGAUAAGAGCGGAGUGAUAGUUUAUAUCAAGACGUCUCCUUUGAAGACUUCUCCUAUUCAAGAGGCUAUGGCACUUAAUCCGUCUCUACCACGAGACGAGAUAAGAUGUAUCGAUACCAUGGAUGAUACUUCGAAAGUAUCCAAAUUCUGGUUUCCCGGAUUUAUCGAUACUCAUAUUCACGCACCACAGUUUCCGAAUAACGGCGUUUUUGGCAGUUCAACUACUGUGGAUUGGCUAUUAAAGUACACAUUUCCCAUGGAGAAGCUUCUCGGGGCUGAUCUGAACAAAUGUUUUGAGGUCUACGACAAAGUGGUCAAGAGAACACUCGCGAAUGGAACCACUUGUUGUGCAUAUUAUGCGACGAUCGAUGUCGAUGCCACAAACUUGCUUGCGGAUUGCUGUUACUCCAAUGGCCAACGCGCAUACAUAGGAAGGAGCUGCAUGGACUGCGCUCACAAGGAUUAUACCGACGAAAGUGCCGAAGAGGGAGUCAAGGCUACGUACAAAGUUAUGGGUCAUAUAUCCAACCGAGAUUUCUGCUAUGAUUUGAUUAAGCCGAUAAUAACUCCGAGAAAUGCAAACCGUUGUUCUGGAGACUACAUGAAAAGGCUGGGGUUGAUAGCCAAAGUGGGUAAUCUUCCACUGCAGUAUCACAUGUCUGAGACCGGGCCUGAAGCUGCUAAAAUUCUGGAACAGUUCCCAGAGAGAAAGAGUUAUGCAGAUAUAUAUGAUUACCACGAUCUGUUGACGUCCUCGGCGAUUCUGGGUCAUUGUAUAUACAUAUCGCAAGAGGAGCUUGAUCUCAUAAACGAGAGGAAAGCUGCCAUUUCGCACUGUCCGAUUUCAAACAGUUGUCUCAUAAGUGGUGAAUGCAAGGUAAGAUGGUUACUGGAUAAUGGCACCAAAGUUGGGCUGGGAACGGAUAUUUCUGGGGGUUAUUCUGCGUCGAUUUUGGCUACUGCAAGACAUGCGCACAUGGUUUCGAGACAUGUUGCUAUGAAGACAAAAGAAUUAAAAGACACCUUAUCUGUGAAUGAGGUAUUGUUUUUAGGAACUCAGGGAGGAGCCCAAGCAAUGGGACUUCAGGACAUGAUUGGGUCUUUCGAUGUGGGCAAGAAAUGGGAGUGCCAACUGAUUGAUCUGGAGGUGGAAAACAGUCCCGUGGAUUUGUUUGAUUUCCUGACCCCCAAGUUGGAGAAAAGCUCAGAGAGCGACCCCCAGUGGAUGAGCACGUUCCAGGAUAUGAUCGACAGAUGGGUUUUCAACGGGGAUGAUAGGAAUGUGAGGCAGGUGUACGUGAAUGGUCGAUGUGUGAUUGAUAAGGAUAAGACAUACGAGGAGGUGAUGCCGGAGGAGGAGGGGGUGACACCAAAGUCUAGUGUCACUGAACCUUUGGAAUAG